AUGGCAACGAAUUAUAUAAAGUACGCGCAACUCAUAAAGGGAAGUAGCAAUUACGCGCGUAGAAUGAAGAGUUUGUCUGACAAGAUAUUCGGAGAAGUGGCGACGCCGACUAACCCCAGUUCACUGAAAGUGGUAAAGAUAUUUUCGGCGAGACCUAUGCACACCAACGAGGAAAUACUUCACUAUUAUCCGCGGCACGUGGAGACGCACGCGCUGAUAUUAAAACUGCGAGAGUACGGCUUGUUCAGAGAUGAGCACCAGGAUUUUGUGGAGGAAAUGAAACGUCUUCGCGCCCUGCGUGGCAAGGUGAAGGUGUGGAAACGAUAUAUGAAUACGCAGGAUAAAGAGUAG